AGCAUUGAAUUGGCAAGGACUACAGAAUGCUGCUGAAGCUCUGAACAUUUCUGUGCUAAACCAGUGAGAGCAACAGGCACACGUUGGCUUCCCCAUUUAGAACGUGCUGUGAAAGCUGUAUCUAGGGACUAUCCUGCCCUCAUGCAGCACCUGGGGCAUCUAGAGGAGAUUGGGGACACCGGAACCAGGGACAGUCGAGACAAAGCAAGAGGAAUCCUCCAAGUAUUGAAGACAGUGAAAUUUGUAAUGUUUCUCAAUUUCCUGAUGCCAUACCUGGACAUGAUCAGUGCAGUAUCAAAGGUCUUCCAGGACAAUGACAGCACAGUAGAAGUGGUGUUCAGAAGGGUUGACAGCGUGGUCAAACAAUUGACAAGUUUGGCAAAGCCAGAGAAGCUGAACAGGAUCCUGUCUAAUGGGAUAGAAGAAAGAGGUGGGUCUGUUGUGUGGAAGGACACAGUGUUACACACAGGUAGACCACAGCGUGGUCGUGGGCAUGCAGCAGAUCUAGCUACAUACAAGAAAGAAGUAGUGCUACUAUGUCAAGGCAUAUGUGACCGCACAUUGCAUCAUUUGGGAUCCAGAUUCGAAGUCAUCCUUAGCAACCCUGUGUUCUCCUCUGCCCGAGUGUUGUUCCAGUUCUCCACAUGGCCUACAGAAGAGGAAGACGAUGACUUUGGAGACGACAACAUCAGAGUUUUGCAUCAACACUUCCAUGCAUUGCUCCAGCAGAAGGACUUUGACAUUGACAGUUGCAUCAGAGAAUGGGUAGAACUGAAAUCCUUGUGCCGUGCUCAACUGGCUACUAUGAGUAAACUACCAGCUUUCAGCACCUUCUGGAUGUCAGUUCUAACUAGGGAACAGGAGGAAGAUUUUAAACAUAUCUUCGUCAUUCUGCGAUUGGUCCUUGUAAUCCCAAUCCACACUGCAGAGUGUGAGCGGUCAUUCUCCCUGAUGAACGUGGUCAAGUCAGACUGGAGGACCCGUCUAGACCCACACACAUUGACAAGCCUCAUGGCAAUUUCUCUGGACAACAACACAGUCAGCACAUUUGACCCGUUGCCAGCAGUAGGGUUGUGGUGGGCAGGGAGAAGACGGAGGCCGUCCACACAACCAUAUGGGGCUAGGGCUAGACGAGCUGUGCAGCAGGAAUGUAAUCCUAGUGAGUCUGAUACAGAUGAUGAGGUGUAAGUGUGGAACAAGGCCACAGGUGCCACUUUACUGAGUGUCAGACAUGAGGUUAGUAGUGUAAGCAAAUAUUGAAUGCUAUUAAAGUUAGUACAUUGUACUUUUGGUUGUGUACGUAUUAUCUUUGGGGGGUGCAAC